UCAAUACGAGGGGUUGAGCUCGAGGUCAAAUAUAAUUGACUUGGGGCGGUGUCGGUUUUGCAGAGACGAGCGUGGUUUUCGUUGGUGCGUGGAGGAAGCAGAGAGAUGGAUGAGGAGAAUGGUUACAGUGGGAGUAGCAGCUCCAAUUUGGAGACUUUGAAGGCGGAGAGAUCUGUGUGGUUAAUGAAAUGCCCUUUGGUGGUGGCUAAGUCAUGGCAGACUCAUCCUCCUUCUCAACCUCUUGCUAAGGUCGUGCUCUCCCUCGAUCCUCUCCACCCUGAAGAAGAUCCCUCUGCAGUUCAGUUUACAAUGGAGAUGGCUGGCUCUGAAGCUGUGAAUAUGCCAAAAACUUAUUCAUUGAAUAUGUUUAAGGACUUUGUUCCUAUGUGUGUCUUCUCUGAGACUAGCCAAGGUGGCAAGGUUGCAAUGGAAGGGAAAGUAGAACAUAAGUUUGAUAUGAAGCCCCACGGUGAAAACAUUGAAGAGUAUGGUAAAUUGUGCCGUGAGAGGACAAACAGAUCUAUGAUUAAAAAUCGACAAAUACAGGUUAUUGAUAAUGAUCGCGGAGUUCUAAUGAGGCCAAUGCCUGGAAUGAUUGGUCUAGUUUCAUCCAAUUCCAAGGACAAGAAAAAGACGCAGCCAAUUAAACAAUCUGACACAAAGAGAACAAGAAGAGAUCGGGGAGAGCUGGAGGAUAUAAUGUUCAAGCUCUUUGAAAGACAGCCUAACUGGGCCCUGAAACAGCUUGUCCAAGAGACUGAUCAACCCGCCCAAUUCUUGAAAGAGAUUCUGAACGAACUGUGUGUUUAUAAUAAAAGAGGUGCCAAUCAAGGAACUUAUGAGCUGAAGCCUGAGUACAAGAAAUCCGUUGAAGAUACGAGUGCUGAAUGACUGUUUUGUUCUUUACAGUUUAUUAUUCUAACUCCAUAAACGAAAUUUGGUAUCUUUCUUUUCGCUGAUAAGAGUCAUGUUUAGGGUAAAUAGGGUGAUCAAAGAAAGAAGCAAACUGUGUAUCUGAAGUGUGAAGGAUACUUAGUUAAUGUUUUUUUUUUUUUUAUCGAUAAAUUGUCAAAUGAGCAGUUGUAUACCUUCAAAAACGAAUUUAGUAACCCAAAAAAAAUUAAAUGUUGCCUGGUUAGUGUAUAA